AUGGAACUAAAUCGCCAACAAGAGGAAUUUGAGGCCAGUGAAUGGGUGCUCUUCACCAAGGUUAAUAAGCAGGCCUUCAGUCGCGACUUCCUAAACUCGGACGAUAGUAUCCUUCAGCGUUGCUGGAAUUCUUACGACUCUUCCCAACACCUUCUCCUUGUCAAAAUGGCAGUCUCACGCGCUCAUGAAGUUACGGCACACUUAUUUGAAAGGCUCUUCUUUGAUUGCCUCAAGCCAAUGGAACUCGAUUAUAGUCUUCGAAGCUUUGGAGCCGCUACUUGCAAAGCAGAGAAUGGCUCUGCUAAACAGCCAGACUGUCAAUUUUUACCAAAAAGACUUCCUCGAGCUCGGACGAAGAAAUGGCCCUCGCUUGUCAUAGAAACGGGCUUUUCAGAGUCGCCCAGCAAAUUGAUGUCAGAUGCUCGGUUCUGGUUUUCCCAAUCCAACGGCGAUGUUCAAAUGGUCAUUACAAUUAAGAUCAGUCGGAGCUCGCCCAACAUCGUGCUAGAGUUAUGGGAACUUGUGAACGAUAUGGUCAAACGUCAGCAAAUCGUUACAAUCAGCAAAGGCGAGAACAAUCGUGUCUACCUCAGUGGCCAGCCGCUUAUUAUCAGCUUCGAAAAGCUCUUUCUUCGCCCGCCGAGCAUCCCAAAAGAAACUGACAUCAGCCUUAGCGGCGCUAUGUUGAGGAUGAUUGCUGAGGAGGUCUGGGAAGAGCAAGAAUUUUGA